UUAAUUGCAGCAUCAUUGCUUCCAACCCAUAUUAAAGGGAAGAAGCAUCAAAGAUUGUUAAACUUGAGACAAGAGCGAGAAAAGUCAUGUAAGAAAAGCAUUUAUGUCCGUGGUUUUCAAAACUCAGGCUCAAUUGAAGAAGAGUUGACUGACUAUUUCAGCGCCUAUGGAAAAGUCUCAAACAUUUUUGUGGACAAAGACAAGGUAGAUUUUUCCUUUCAUUUUAGUGGAUCAAUUUAGUCAAUAAAUUCAGAUUUACCGGUAUAAUAUUCAUCCCCACUUUUCAGAUUUUAAAAUUUUCAAACAACACUUUUUUUUUAUCGUAUUGUGUGUAAUUUUCUAAUUUUUUUAUUAUUCUUUAUUCAUGGAAAUAUAAAUAUACUACUGACAUUUUUUUAGCCUUCUCCCUUUUUAGGCCCCCUUCUUUCAUAACUCUCCUCUUAGGUUCAAGUUUGCAGUAAGCUAUUCUUUUAGUUUAUCCUGGUAUAAGUCCCCUUCUAGUCUCCUAUGCAGCUGCUGUCCUAACUUGGGAGGAUUGGUACAUAAUGGAACAAAACAGGUGCACUGGAGACUAGUCUCUGCCUGAAGUAAAUAAGUCCCCCAGAUGUUAACAAUAUUAUUUAUUUAAGGUAACUAUAAUCUCCUCUCUAUCACCUCCCACAGAAACGAUAUCAUCUCAAACGACUACUUUUUUCACACUGGUCACAUGAAGUCGUCCUCAGUGACGGAGAGAAUUUACUUUUAGCAAAUUGUCACUUUCUUUCUUGUCAUUUGUUUCGGUUACUUCAGUACAAGAAACAAAAAAUGAAGAAAAACAAACCUGAUGGCUCACAGCAUCAUCUGCAUAGACUAUCACAAAACCAAGAAAUAGCAGAAUUUGUGCCAGAGGAACUUGUGGAUAAAAUCAAGUCAUCUGUUAGCACAGUAGGUGGACAAUGAGGUUUUAACUCCUUAACUCAACAAGUGCUCAAAGUUAAAAUCUUCCAAAACAUUCUUAAUUUCAUUUUGUGAAAUGAUGAAAAAACAAGUAGUUCUAUGUGAAUAAACUGCUGAAGAGGUUUCAUUCGAAUGAUCACACCAUAUGAUUUAUCCACCACAGACUCAAAAGUUAGAGUCAGAGCACUUUUCAUUUUUCAGAAAUGGCCAGCCUGACCGUUCCUGUCAUCAUGAGAAUCUCACUUUCAAUCAAAACUGUGUAGCCAGGUCAGCCAAAUCCUGGAAAAUAGGCAUAGGGUUGAUGGGAUUUUUGAGUGAAAACUCUUUAAAACACCUAUUUCAUUUUCAAAAUGACAAGUCUGGCCGGUCAGUUCUAACUUUUGGAAAUUACCCUUAGUCAUCCACUUUAGGAGUGAGAAAGUUAAUUUAUUGUUUAUUGUAAUCACAUUCACAGUACUAUGCAAAUCUCCAGCUACAAAAAUGAUAGUCCUAAGACUUUGAUCUGUUUCACUCCGGUCAUCUUGUCUGACUGACGGUGGGUAUGAUUUCAUUUGACAAAUUAUAGCUGGUGCAGCAACCCAAAAGCAAGCAGUGCAACUAAAGCUUAUAAUUCCCUCCUAAGCCUCUUCUUACUGUGCCUUGGUGUUUCCUUACAGGUUCAAGAACAAAUGAACUUAUUAAUGCAACAAUUGUGUCUGACUGAAGGAGAUAUUAAGCUGCGAAAACUGGUCUGCCAACUAUUGCAAGAAGUAUUUUAUGAGGUUUACCCUGAAGCAUCAGUCGUGCCAUUUGGCUCGACAGUCAGUGGAGUUGGCUGGGAAGGAAGUGACCUGGAUGUUUGUUUACUGACACCUUCUCAACAAGAUGAUGCUGCUAUAGACUACUCUUUGGUCAUCGAUGUGCUGCGUAGUUUUGCCCCAGGUUGCAUAAACAUUAUACCUGUCUUAACUGCGAAGUGUCCACUUAUUAAAUUCACACAUCAGCCGUCAGGCUUGUCUUGUGACCUUUCAGUUAAUAACAGGUACGGUUAAGAGAAAGUGUGUUACGUUUGCAUCAGAAGGAUCAGUUUGCAAAUUAUUUUAACAUGUCAGUCUAUGUUUUGUGACCUAUCCUUUUUGUUCCCUUUCUUGCAGGCUUGGUGUGGCAAACUCAGAUCUCCUCCGUUGCUACAUGUCGCUUGAUCCCAGGGUUCCUCAGCUAGUGUUUAUCGUGAGAGCCUGGGCAAGAGCCAAAGGUCUUACCGUUGGUAAACAGUUAUCAAACUAUGCCUUGACCCUCAUGGUGCUGUAUUUCCUGCAGAUGCGAACUCCGCCUGUGAUCCCGUCUCUUCAGCAAGGAUUUGACAGUUGGAUCAAAGAGCUGUCAUGUUUGCAUAACACAGGUGACAAUGACCAUCACACCCUGGUCGUUAAACAGCUUGAGUCUGAUGUCAUUGAUGGCUGGGAAUGUUCUUUUUUCAAAGACACUCACAGACUUUCUAUGUCACAGAAUGAUACAAGUCUGAGUAAGUAUGGCUGCUUAGGCAGCUUACCUGUUAUUUUGAUACAAAGUUGUUUUGAUACAAGUUGCCAUUCUACAGGGUUGUCACUAAGAUUUCAAGUUGCCGGGUAAAUACAACAAGUAGGCGGGGAAUCAAAUUGCUAUGGAUUUCUUUUGGUUCUAUUUUUCUUCUAUUGUCCAAUAAAAGUAGCUGGGGCCACUCUCUUAAUAGCCGGGGAAAAUCCUUGGCCCCCGGCUCUUAAUGACAACCCUGAUCCUACAUAAGGUAAUCUGGAUUCAGGAUUUUGGGGAUUUUUGCCAGUGGAAUCCAGAAUCCUGGGCUUUGGAAUCCGGAUUUCAGCUCACGUAAAUCAGGAAUUCUACUAAUGAGUGGUAUUCGGAAUCAAGUUCCACCGACAAGGAAUCCAAAAUCCAGUUUGUGGAAUCCAUAAUCCAAGACCAUCUUGGAUGGUUGCCGGUCGUUUUAAUACAAAGUUGUAUCGAUACAAGUUUAUUCAUUCAAGGUGUAAAUAGUUCCAUGUACUUGGCUUAAAGAACGAAGAUAUUCACCGAAAAUGUUUUUUGUUUACUCACAAACUAUACUUGAAGUGAACAAAAUUUCAAAUUGAGUUUGUAUCGAAACGACUAGUUUCCCCUUGGAUUACCUUGCAUGUGACGAAAGUCGAUUCAGUUGAGGUUUAAUAAUUUCACGUAGUUGGUUUAUAAUGAGGAACUUUCACGUCAUAAAAGUGAUCGAAAAUAUCCCUGCAGUUCAACCCCCCUCCUCACUUCGGUACCCCCACUUCCUGAUGUUUCGCUUCUUUAAAAGUCGUAUCGAAACGACAAAGACAAAUCAGAAGCACACGUUGAAUAUAGCCUACUCUGCAAGCAUUCCUAGUGAUCACACCUACAGGGGGGCGAGGGACUGGGGCACCGGGGUGGGCACCAGAAAUCCUUGUUAAGUAGAUAAGGAUUUCAUGAUCUGAGGAAUUUUUAUUUAAUUCACCUACAAGCAAACUUGUUCACAGCAAAUUAAUUCGGGCUUACUGAUUGAUUCGCUCUCUAAAGCAAUACGCUCAAUUUAUUAUAGAACGAGAAAUCCAGCAUUUCCUUUUGCGUCGCUAAUGCAAAGCGCAGGUAUUCGUUCAUGAACAAUUCUAAUAGUUUUUUGUUCUUUCUGUGGGCUCUUCUCCAAAGGGGGAGCUAGAUCAAAGAUAGCGUUCAUUUUUGAUUUGGCGGGUUAUUUAGCAGCGACUUCCUCUGCGGCCGCUUUUUUCGGUUUCUCCUUAUUCACGUUAUGACAAACGCAAAUUUGUUCCACGUGACCAAGUUUUCCCUUUACUCGUCUACUCUGCUUUACUUCUACAAACAAUAAUAGGUACAUUUACGUUAUUUUCAUCCAUAAGAAUUGUUUUAGACUGUUUUUAACAGCUCAUUUUCUAUUAUGAUAAAUUCUCAACUUGAGUUUGCCGUUAACGUUACCCCAAAUCUCUCUAUCAUUCAGAUUGGGUUUAACGCAAGAUAGCCCACUUUCUAAUUCCCGAUGACUUAUUCUUCGACAUUCGAAAGUAAGCGACAGCUUCUACGAGAAACACUCUCUUUUACACUUCUAACGCCACAAAUCAGGAAAGUCGUUUCGAAAUCUAUCGAUAAUUUAAUACAGGCAGUCGUAAUCAGGAAAAAUAUCAGUGAGACAUUCUAACGUUUUCUGCGUUUGAGCCAAGUAACAAGGAGCUUUCGAUCAGCUUUUAGCUGACGAGAAAGAGUGUAAUGUUUUUUUGGAAACAGUUCUGCUUGUGACUAAGCUUUGGCUUGUGUGUUCUGUUAUUUUUGUCUGUGGCGUUGUGAGGAUUCCUGAAGAACUGGAAUUUCAAAUUUUUUAUUAGCGUUAUUGGUUAUUGCUUUUGUUUAUUUGGUGGCUCCUAAAGGAGCCGUUGGUUUUAUAAAAAGCCAAUGCACUUAUGCUCGUUCUCCGCGGAUUCGGCGGGCCAGCUGAAUGUCCUUGGGCAUGAUGGUGACACGCUUGGCGUGGAUGGCGCACAAGUUGGUGUCUUCAAACAGACCAACAAGGUAAGCCUCGCUAGCCUCUUGAAGAGCCAUCACAGCAGAGCUCUGGAAGCGCAGAUCGGUCUUGAAAUCUUGAGCGAUUUCUCGCACAAGACGCUGAAAGGGCAGCUUGCGGAUCAACAGCUCAGUGGAUUUCUGGUAACGACGGAUCUCUCGAAGAGCGACUGUGCCAGGCCUGUAACGAUGAGGUUUCUUGACGCCACCAGUAGCGGGCGCGCUCUUACGGGCUGCUUUUGUGGCGAGCUGUUUUCGUGGGGCUUUUCCACCGGUUGAUUUACGGGCAGUUUGCUUUGUGCGAGCCAUGUUUGAAAACUUGGAGUCAAUUGGAGAGACUGAAUUAUCGUUGAAUAGACUCCCAAAAACUUUAUACCUGGCGCGUUUCAUUCUGAUUGGCUGAAAUGUUUGCUCUGUGAUUGGUGGAAUAAGACUGACUUGGUGUACCAUCGGCAAUUUUCGAUCCUAAAUCAUUUUUUGCUUGUUUAAGUUCUUUGAUUCUGACGAUAAUAAGCCAAUGCGAAAAAAUUUUAUGUUUGCAACAAUGUUAUAAAUCGCUGCAUUUCUCGUGCCAAAAAUGCAUCAUAUUUCUGCAAAUCGGGAGCACAACUGUCCAUCACGGUAAACUACUUUAGCAAAUUAUGCGCAUAUUUCACUUGUCAUAAUAUUUGCCCUCUGUUUAACUUAAAUAUCGCUUUUGUUAUAAUUGAACCAAUGGAAAGGCCUCUAAGUUUCCAGCGAGGUCCUCUUUGCUGUCAUAUAAAGCCGAAACGAGGCUUUUCUGGCACAAUUCGAUAAGAGAGCACUAACAUUCAGUCAAUAUGUCUGGUCGUGGCAAAGGAGGCAAAGGUCUAGGAAAAGGAGGCGCCAAGCGUCAUCGAAAGAUCCUUCGUGAUAACAUCCAAGGCAUCACCAAGCCGGCUAUCCGCCGUCUUGCUCGCCGUGGCGGUGUCAAGCGAAUCUCUGGCCUCAUUUACGAAGAAACCCGUGGCGUUCUUAAAGUUUUCCUCGAGAACGUCAUCCGCGAUGCUGUAACGUACACCGAACACGCCAAGAGAAAGACCGUGACAGCCAUGGACGUGGUGUACGCUCUCAAACGCCAGGGACGUACUCUGUACGGAUUUGGUGGUUAGACUACACUGCCUACACUCACAUCACAAACGGCUCCUUUAGGAGCCACCAAAUCCUUAAAAGUCAUGACCAAUAAAGUUUGCUAGUCUUUCUCUCUUAAGUCUUUUGAAAGUUCCAGAGAGGGCAUCGCAGAAAUUGGCUAAAUUUUUGAACAAAGUAUUGUCUAUAACUGGUCGAUGAUUAGGCUUUUUGGUUAAAUUUUUGUACACUUUCCCUCGGCUAAAUCGUCCCUGUAACGGCUACUACUGGGGGAAAGUUUUGUCGUGUUACCGGUCGUUUCGAUACAAAAACGUUUCGUUACAAGUUUUAUUCCGUCGAGUUGUAAAUAGUUUAACGAACUUAUUCACCCAAAGUGCUUAUCUUUUUCACGCGCAAACUUUACUUAAAGAGAUCGAAAUUUUUAUGUAAUUUCACUGCUCAAGUUUGUAUCGAAACGACCGGUUUGUCGGUUCUAAAGGGACACCCAAGUACUUCGCCCUUCAGGAACGAUCCUUAGUGAGAUUUUGAGUAGUUUUGGAAUCUAUACCCCUUGCAUGCGUGUUUUCACUAUAACAAGUUUGUAAGACCUUUACGUCGAUACUGUGAGCUUUUUAUAAAAGUUUUUACUUAAGUGAUGAAAUUCUUGUAAGGCCCACUUUUUCAAGGGGAAGUUAAACAAUGUUGGCGACUUUGCAUCUAUGCUGUGAGCUUUUUAUAAAAGUUUAUACUUAAGUGAUGGAAUUCUUGUAUAUAAGAACCCCUUUUUCAAGGGAAAGUCAAUCAAUGUUGGCGACUGUCAUGAUCGAUCCGGAAUGUUUUUCUUUUCAGUGGAAAAGUUUAUGAAAGGUUUUCCGUCUAAGACUUUGGUCAAAUGUGGAACUUUCUUGGAAGUUUUACCGUUCUGUGAUCAAUGUGCAACGAAAGUUCACUCCCUGUAUUAAGGUAGCGUCCAUUUGCACGCUAAAAUGGUACUAAAUUUGCAUUUGAAUAGUCCUUAUCUUUUCACGAGCUAAUGCUCAAAGAAAAUUAUCUUACGGCCGGAAAUGAUGCGGCUACUAGUUCUCUUAAUUUACACAAAGAGAGAAAAGUUACUUAAAGUUGUUUUAAAAUCGGUCAGUUUUCCGUAGAAUUUUUCUCCUUGGCCAUCUGUCAAAUGUGGAAAGGUUUCCCACUCUGUAAACAACGUGUAAGGAAGGAGCUCUUUUCCUAACGAACUCACAUCAAUUUGCGCGCUCAAACUUGCACUAAAUUUGUAUUUGAACAGUCCUUAUCUUUUCAUAAGUUACUCAACGUUGCCUUAAGUUCUGUCCAAUUUUCCUUAGAAUCUGCAUAAACCGGCUUUGCAGACGGUCAGCUAUUCUUGAAGUGUCCUCUGUGAUCAACGUGUAACGAAGGAGCUCUUUUCCUAACGAACUCACAUCAAUUUGCGCGCUCAAACUUGCACUAAAUUUGCAUUUGAACAGUCCUUAUCUUUUCAUAAGCUAGUUAACGUUGCUUUAAGGUCUGUCCAAUUUCCUUAGAGUCUGCAUAAACUGGCUGUGCAGACGGUCAGCUAUUCUUAAAGUGUCCUUCGUGCAUCUUAAAAGGGAAAUUUUGUACUAAAAUAAGUUUUCAAGAUUUUGGCGCUUGAAUUUCCUUGUACUAGUCCUUAGGUAGUCCUCUUAUAAAAAACUUUACUUUUGGUUUUAAUUUCUGGACUAAUGGUAAUUGAUAACUGAGUAUUGGUCAUGACUUUAUAACAUAUGGUGGCUCCUAAAAGAGCCGUUUGUGUUUUGAAAGCUUAAGUUUAAGCUUUCUGCUUCUUCUCGGUCUUCUUGGGCAACAGCACAGCCUGGAUGUUGGGAAGAACGCCUCCUUGGGCGAUGGUGACACCAGCGAGCAGUUUGUUCAACUCCUCGUCAUUUCGGACGGCCAGCUGAAGGUGACGGGGGAUGAUUCUUGUCUUCUUGUUGUCACGAGCAGCGUUGCCAGCCAACUCAAGGAUCUCAGCGCUUAAAUACUCCAGCACGGCGGCCAAGUAGACCGGGGCACCGGCGCCAACUCUCUCAGCAUAGUUUCCUUUGCGAAGAAGACGGUGGAUUCGACCAACAGGAAACUGAAGCCCUGCUCGGGAUGAUCGGCUCUUGGACUUCGUGCCCUUUGCCUUUCCUUUACCGCGACCAGACAUAUCGAAAUUUAAUAGUAGUGUUCAGAGUAGUGUUCUGAGCAGUGUUAUAGGGAAAUGAAUGACUCAAAAUUUGGCGGUCUACAAGAUUUAUAGCACCAUCCCUUUUCAUUAGGAUCGAAACGCACCAAUCAAAGUCCUCUUUCGUUUUUGAAUUUCAAAUAACCUUUGUAAGAAAGAAAAUGACAUGCACAGUAGACACAGUAACUUCAACUCGUCGUUUAGAAUUGAAAAGAGCAGUGUGUGCCCAGUGGAACAUCCAAUCAGAAAGCAAGGAUUUCGAUCCGUAUGAUAAUCGAUCAUUUCGUUAUUUUGGUAUAAAUACAAGAUGGAUCGCGUUGGCUGAGCAUACCCAUACAACAAGCAUGGCACCCAAAGUUGCAGGAAAGAAAGGCGAGAAGAGAGCCGGAAAGGCAAAGGCUGCAGGAGAAAAGAAGAAAAGGAGGGGAAAGAGAAAGGAAAGCUAUGCUAUCUACAUCUACAAGGUGUUGAAGCAAGUUCACCCUGACACUGGUAUCUCCAGCAAAGCCAUGGGCAUCAUGAACUCGUUCGUGAACGACAUCUUCGAGCGCAUCGCGACCGAAGCUUCCCGCCUUGCCCACUACAACAAGAAAUCAACCAUCAGCUCCCGCGAGAUCCAGACCGCCAUCAGGUUGCUUCUGCCCGGUGAACUGGCGAAACACGCCGUCAGUGAAGGAACCAAGGCUGUGACCAAGUACACCAGCAGCAAGUAAACUCUCUGCGAGGGUUUACCGCCAAAAACAAGGGCUCUUUUAGGAGCCACCAAACCUUAAAAAUGCAAUAACCAACAGACCUUUUUCUCGUCAUUGAUAAAAUCCUAACCAAAAGAAGACACUAAAUAGCGGUAAAAAUUAAAACAAAAAAUCGUUUUCAGUUAUCUCUUGCGACUUCUCGUCUAAGACGAGUAUUCCAUUUUUCUCGCUGCAGCGUCAGUUCUUCGUAACAAGAAUGAACCUCCAGGUUUAAAUGAACACGGAACACAACCAGAGUAAACGGUUCCAAGAAAUUUGUAAGGGUUAAAAGAAAUGGUUCGUGCUUUUUGACCUAACACGGCUGAAAAUCAAACGUUCCUCUAUUCUUUGUAGAGUAGCUACCGAUGCGAUGUACUGCAGGCGCUUUUGUGCUGUUAGAAAAAUAAAAGCGCGAUCAACAAACAUGAACCCUCGACACGGCAUUUUUGUUCUUCAUUAUUUUUUUAUUGAAUAUUCUCUUGCUUAUUUUUUAAGUGCCACGCAGCUUAUCGGAAUUUUUUUUCGUUUUUUUUUUUCGCACCAUACCGGAUUGCUUUUGCGCCGCCAAGAGAAUCAUACCGCAUGCAGCUUCUAUUCACACACAAGAACGUUUGUGGAGGCGCGAUUUCUGUAACGGAGCGAAGCUGCGCCGAUUUCGAAUGUGGAACCGCCUUUCAUCGUCCCUUUUUGUUGGGAAAUUUUCUUUUCUCUGCAUAGUUUGUUCGACGGUAGAUUUUUUCAUUAGUCAUGGUUGAGAGCAUUCGUCAAACAGUCUAAAGCUAGGGUGCGUGAGGCUCGCGCGCGAAGCACGCGAGAAUUCACACUCAUAUACACAGCUGGUAAUACAUUUGCCCUCAGAAAAUGAGCGUAGGGUAAACAAUUUUUUUUUUCAUGUGUCAAUUAAAUUUCUUCGUUUAUAUGUUUUCUUCAGGUCAGUUAUUAGAGGAAUUCUUUUGCUACUUUUCAACCGAAUUCAACUUUUCUGGCUCUGUAGUGAAUAUAAGGACUGGAUGUUGCACCAGUACCGCCUCUGUGCUAGAGGAGCUGAAAGGUGCAAAAUAUUCAGGAAGUAAUACAACAACUUCAUUUGGUUUAAACGAAGACAGUGUUGGUCAAAGAGAAGACUUCAUAAGAAAUGAUUCCACUGCAGAUGAGUGUCAUCAGAAAGCUCAACCAAGUUCAAGCACUGCAAGCUCUGCUAUGAAAACAAAAUGCGGCAAGCGAGUAGAGUUUAAAAUCUCGCCUUUGUGUGUUCAAGAUCCGUUUGAGUUGACGCAUAAUUUGACUCAAAACGUGCCUGGUUCUUUGCUGAAACAUAUCGUAGAACUAAUGAAGGACGCGCACAAGAUUUGUAGCGAGAUAAACAACCGAAAGGAAAAGAAAAUCUCGUUGCUUGACUUGUUAACUGUUUGUAAGACUACCAAGAAACGAAGGAGCACAAACUGUCACUCUUUCUUUUUCUCGUUUCACGAAGCAGGCUCUCUGAAGCUUGCUACGUCCAAGAGUGUUUUAAUGUUUAUUGUGGAAACUUUAGAAAAAGAAUUUGGCUUGAAAUGUGAACGAAAGGGAAAUUCAGCGAAAAGACAGCGCAGUUGUGAGCAACAGUCAGAAACGCCGUUGUCAAAGAGACAGCGGAUUGACUGGCAGUGCUCGGUGAUGUCACAGGAUACCCAAGUGAGUAAAGAAUCACAGGACACUGACUCUGUCAAUGGGACGUCUGGUUGCGUUGUGAAAUCAACAAACACAGAUAAGCAAGAAAACGUCAAGAAAACAGAAUGCACUGAUGACAAUGGUGAAAUUUUUUCAUUAAUUUGCACGGCCUUUGAAAAUACGUGGACGCAUUCUCGUCGAGAAAGGCGCAAGCAUAAACUAUCGCAGAAUCAGAUGAAAGAAAGAGAAAAAACUGAGGGAGAAGAAAUAAAAAUACCCGCUGACGAUUCACAAGUGAAGUCAGGAACAGUUUCUCAAGAAAUAUGCGAGGCAUCAUCUUCGUCCACUCACUCGGCGUCAAUACAGUUCGAGGGUUCUAAAAAUGUCAACAGCAUUGCUUCUCCAAUUCUGGUCUUUGAGCUUAGGGUGGAAGGAUCACCGCAGAAUACUCCAAAUGUGGCUGGUUGUACUGUUGUGAUGGAACAUGUUGAAAGUCAAGACUUUCAGCUUUUUGGGAACUUUUUCUCGGCUUUUAAAAGACAUUUUAUGGGAUUAUUACAGAAUAAGCAAGCAUGUUCUUAA